GCGCAGCUGCAGCGCAGGGUCUUGUAAAUCUGUAGGGAAACUGAGGCCUGCGGGAGAGUGACUUGGCCAGGGUCACUGGGCGAGGGGAGUGCUCAGGCCUGAACCCUCGGACUCCCGGAGGCAGCGGUGGCCUGCAUCGGUUCGAGCUUCAGAACUAGCCGGGGUUCGGACCCCCAGGCCCAGGGUGGGCGGUGGAGCGCCGGUAUGGACGGCAGGAAGGAGCGCAGGGGGCGGGGGCGGGGACGAGGCCGGGCGGGGCCGACACAGGUGCUCCUCAUCAGGCCAGCGCCGCGGAGCUUUAUAAGCCGCCGGGGUGCGGAGUCGCGCGCCGCUCGCUGCAAAAAUAGUGCCCACGUGUGUGCGCGUCCCGCGCCGCACAGACCCGCCGGCCCGCCCGCCAGUCCCUUAGGGCCACGCCGGACCCCAUGGCUUUCUCUCUGGAAGAGGAAUCAGGAAGGAUAAAGGACUGCUGGGACAACCAAGAGGUUCCUGCACUCUCUACAUGUAGCAAUGCCAAUAUCUUUCGAAGGAUAAAUGCCAUUUUGGAUGAUUCACUGGACUUCAGUAAAGUCUGCACAACACCUAUAAAUCGAGGAAUUCAUGAUCAGUUGCCAGACUUCCAGGACUCUGAAGAAGCAGUUACAAGCAGGAUGCUUUUCCCCACCUCUGCGCAAGAAUCUCCCCGCGGCCUCCCAGAUGCAAACGGUUUGUGCCUUGGCCUGCAGUCACUCAGUCUGACUGGCUGGGACCGACCCUGGAGCACCCAGGACUCAGACUCCUCAGCCCAGAGCAACACACAGUCAGUAUUAAGCAUGCUCCAAAAUCCACUGGGAAAUGUCUUAGGAAAAACCCCCUUGAGCUUCCUGUCUCUGGAUCCCCUUGGGUCUGACUUGGACAAGUUCCCAGCGCCCUCAGUUAGAGGAUCUCGCCUGGACACCCGGCCUAUCCUGGACUCCCGUUCUAGCAGCCCCUCUGACUCAGACACGAGUGGCUUCAGCUCUGGAUCAGAUCAUCUCUCAGAUUUGAUUUCAAGCCUUCGCAUUUCCCCUCCUCUGCCCUUUCUUUCUAUGACGGGAAAUGGUCCCAGAGACCCUCUAAAGAUGGGAGUUGGGUCUCGAAUGGACCAAGAGCAAGCUGCUCUUGCUGCAGUUGCUCCCUCUCCAACCAGUGCUCCAAAGAGAUGGCCAGGAACAUCUGUGUGGCCAUCUUGGGACCUUCUCGGAGCUCCUAAAGACCCAUUCAGCAUAGAGAGGGAGGCUAGACUCCACAGGCAGGCCGCAGCUGUGAAUGAAGCUACAUGUACCUGGAGUGGCCAGCUUCCUCCCCGGAACUACAAGAACCCCAUCUACUCAUGCAAGGUGUUCCUAGGAGGUGUUCCUUGGGACAUUACAGAAGCUGGAUUGGUUAACACCUUCCGUGUUUUUGGCUCUCUGAGUGUGGAGUGGCCUGGUAAGGAUGGCAAGCACCCCCGGUGUCCUCCCAAAGGUAAUAUGCCUAAAGGGUAUGUGUAUUUGGUGUUUGAACUAGAGAAGUCCGUCCGGGCCUUGCUUCAGGCUUGUUCUCAUGACCCACUGAGCCCAGAUGGCCUGAGUGAAUAUUAUUUCAAGAUGUCCAGCCGAAGGAUGCGCUGCAAAGAAGUACAGGUAAUCCCUUGGGUCUUGGCUGACAGCAACUUUGUCUGGAGCCCAUCUCAGAGGCUGGAUCCCAGCAGGACGGUGUUUGUUGGUGCCUUGCACGGGAUGCUCAAUGCUGAGGCUCUGGCUGCCAUCUUGAAUGACCUAUUUGGUGGAGUGGUGUAUGCUGGGAUUGACACAGAUAAGCACAAGUACCCCAUUGGGUCUGGUCGUGUGACUUUCAAUAACCAACGUAGUUACCUGAAAGCAGUCACUGCUGCUUUUGUGGAGAUCAAAACCACCAAGUUUACCAAGAAGGUUCAGAUCGACCCCUAUCUAGAAGAUUCUCUGUGUCUUAUCUGCAGUUCACAACCUGGUCCUUUCUUCUGCCGAGAUCAGGUCUGCUUCAAGUACUUUUGCCGAAGCUGCUGGCACUGGCGACACAGCAUGGAAGGCCUACGCCACCACAGCCCGCUAAUGAGGAACCAGAAGAACUAAAAUUCCAGCUAGAGAAGCUGGCCUGGCCCAGGGCCUGUGGCGCCAAAGGCUGGCAAGUCAGGCAGCAGCCUGUUCCCUGCACCGGCGCCUAGGAGCUAGCUUUCUGCAGACAAGGGAGAAUUGUACUCACCUUUGUACUUGCUGAAUCUGUCUUUGUUUCUGCACUAAUUAAUGCACAAUGAGUUUUGUCAGGUUUUGUCUUCAGCGGGGUGUGCCAGAGCAGGGGCCUCAGGCUCACCCUCAAGCAAUUGUAGUUUUCCCAGAUUCUAGUUCCUCAUUUUGCAAAUGAAAACAACAAAAAAACUGUGUCUAGAACGUGUUGACACAGAUGCCUACACUUGGGUUUAUUUAUUAAAGCGCUUCUUACAUUCCUUGCAAUACUGAUGGUGGUGAUGCGCAGGUCUCAUUGGUCCAUUCUUGCAGUUGCCAUACAGUGCCUUUCCAUUUAUUUAACCCCCACCUGAACGGCAUAAAUUGAGUGUUCAGCUGGUGUUUUUUACUGUAACAAACAAAGGAGACUUUGCUCUUCAUUUAAACCAAAUCAUAUUUCAUAGUUUACGCUCGAGGGUUUUUACUGGUUCCUUUUUACACUCCUUAAAACAGUUUUUAAGUCGUUUGGAACAAUAGAUUUUUUUUUCUUUCUUGGCAGCUUUUAACAUUAUAGCAAAUUUGUGUCUGGGGGACUGCUGGUCACAGUUGCAAAUCAAAGCAUUUGUAACCAAGAGAAAAAUUAUUUUAUUUAAAACUGGAUGGGAGGAAAAAUUAGGUCUGAGCAGCUGCUGUAUAUAGUUUUAAAUGGUUUGUCGCACCUUAUGUUGCACUUACGUUGGGGGAGGGUUGAUAGAAGUUUUUAAUCACAGUCACAGGACUUUUUCUUUUGUAACUGAGCUUAAAAAUUAAAAAAAAAAAAGGGCUGCUUUUUGGUGGGGGCGGAUGAAGGCUCACAGGAGCCCUUUCUCUUAGAGGGGCAAGUACCCUUCCUUACAACUUUUAUUUGAAGAAUGUAUGAAUCAACAGUUAUUGUUGACAAAAAUGCUACUGGAAUUGAAAACUUGACUCUUUUCUUUUUAAUUUAGUUACUACUUGCCCCUCUUAGGGAAGCUGUGUGCCAAAGAACCAGUGUCGUCCCCCUGCUGAGCUGACGUUGCAUUGUCGCAUAUCCCAGCUACUCUGUGGGCUUCGUGAAGCUGUGUGUGAAGUCUCUACCUCAUUGUUGUACAUGCAGGCAAGACUGCACUCUCUACAGAUUGUGGAGUAAGCUGUGGUGUACUUUUUUUGGCACAUAAUAAACACGUUGCAGCAGA